AUGAAUGGACUGAAACAAGAGGAUCCAGAUUUCCAUCAAUACUGCAAGGAGUUGUUCAUGAUUAUUUGUCAGAGUUCACUUCAAAAUGAAAACAACAAUGAGAAUUCUAACAGAAAGAAGUCUGCAUCCAAAUCUAAAAAAGAAAGUACAAUCCAAAGAAAGUAGGAUGAUGGCAAAAAUAAAUAGCCUCGGUAGGUAUCAUCAAGUCAGAGAAGAAUAUCUGGAUUAAAUCAAUAAAAAACUAAAAAUGAGCAAUUAAAUCGGUAGAUAGCUAAUAAUAAGAAUAUUAAAAACCAGUAAUAACCAAAACGCAAUGCCUCUCUCCUUCAGAAUAAAAACAAUAAUGCUUAAGGAAAUAAUUUUGAUAAUCAAAGGCAGAAGAGAGAGUCCAAUCUAAAUCAAAUGAAGCAAGAUCGCUAGAGAGCAGCCUCGAAAAAGAAAAACUUUGGAGAUAAAAAUUCAUAAGUUCUGAUUUAAUCAGUGCGAUUAGACUUCGAAACUUUCACGAAGAACUAUCGUUAAUUCGCAACACUGAGAAAUGUAGUAUACUGUAUUCAUGAAAAACUGAAGAAGAGAGAAUUGAAGUUGCUGAAAAGAGAUAAAUCUAAGCCUUAAUUUAAAGAUGCUCCUCAUUAAAAAGUUGUGAACAUAUAUCUAGAUCAGGAAGAUAUGGAAUUCGAUGAUCCAAGAGGGGAUGAAAGUGAUGGCUAUGAUAAUGGCAGAGAUUUAGACUUUGAAUCACAUGAUAGUAAUGAUUUUGAUAGAGAUCCAAAGUAAGCCCUUGAAGAUAGUUUCUUUAUCAGAAACAAUAUGAAGCAGUUUGAAGAAUUUUAUGAUAGUGAUAAUCCUUUGAAUGAGUUAAAUGAUUUAGACCCAGAUGCUAUGGGUUCUUAAUUCUUUGAUGAGAGUCAGUAUGUUGCAGAAAUAGAUAACUAUCAUUUAAAUGAUGGUUAAAUGGAGUUUCUCGUGCAUCAUGUCAAUAAUGAUCCUACCACUAGAAACGAUGUUACUAGUAGAAAAGAAAAUGAUUUUGAGAAAACUCAAGAGCUGAAUUUCAAAGAUCUUAAUGAACAACAGAUAGCUUAAUCAUCAAGAAUGAAUAAUAGAUAUAAUUCAAGGGUUAGCAAUAUAGACAUUACAAUGCCAGAUUAUUUUGCUGGCUAGGACUAAAUUAAAACACCGAUUUAUAAGGAUAAAAAUAAUAAUCCAAACUCAAAUAUGUCUAGGCUAGAGUAAGUCUUAGACAACUCUAGAAGAUAGUAAGAUGCUAGUUUCAGCUAGAGAUAUUAAUUUAAAAAUAAUGCUAUACCUUAGAUGAGAGGAGAUGAAGACGAUGAGGAUGAAAAACUUGAAGAACUAGAGAAUCUGAUGAAAACUAUUCAUAAGGUUGGAGAUAGUUAAGUCUAAUAAAACGAUGCCAAUAAAGUAGAUGGCAUAAAUUUGGAUUAGAUUGAUAUCAAAAUAGAGGAUUAAGCCAAGAAUUAAUCUAGUCCAUCUAAAGAGAGUGAUAAAAAUGAUAAAAAAUAAGUUAGAAAGGAAUCAGAAAAAGGUAUUAAAAAAGAAAAUUCAAAAAAUAAGAAUGCUUGCUGUGCUUGUUGCACAAUAUUUUGA